CCCUCAUCCAUGGUAUAUCAUGUUACGUUUGGAAAUCUAUUCUAACCUUUUUCACUCGUAGGUUUUUGUACGUACUCACAUCUGCCAUGUUUCGCAAUUUCCUUAGCCGCCUCGGGCGGUGUUUUAUUGCAUGAGGCGGUUAUAAUGCCAAACACCAGUCAGAGAGAUCACCAUUUGGUACUAUCCAGAGGAAGAAACCUAAAGUCUGCCAUCCAUCAGUUUUCUUUAGACACGAUCUCACCUGAUACACCUACUUACUAGCCAACUUCAAGACAGAAAACACCAGACCUACUGGAUUUUUUCGUCACUAAACGACUAAGGACUGUACCGUAUACCAUAAAUGCAAGCUUACAAUCUUUGUUCUAAUCAUUCUCUUCUCAGCUUAGUACUGUGCGAUGAGUCAUGUACUAAAAUGAAACGGCCAUCUCUCGUAGGAGGUAUUAUCGACUGGAAUGUAUAUAGAUAUAAGUUAAACGGAAUGCUCUCUAUUCCAAUGUCCCUAAGGAACGAAGAUGAAGUUGAAGAAGCUGUGGAUAAAUUCACGAACAAUAUUCAUUAAGCUUCAUUAUCUUCUUCUGUUCCAUGACCCAGUAGAAAUGAGUGGCUUCCAACAUAUCCUCAGUACAUAAAGGAUUUGAUCAGAGCUAAAAGACAGGCUCGCAAAGUAUGGCAAAUUGGUCGACUUCCAUCUGACAAACGGACUUUCAUUACACUUGAUAAUGAACUAAAACGGAAGAGUCAAAUAUUUAAAACUACAAUUUACAACAACUACCUCAGAAAUCAGUAUAACAACAACUACCUCAGUGUGGUCUAGACCUCAGUUCAGAGCGUAUGAUAAAAGUUCAGUCAGUUUAUAGUUAGUGAUUUUCGCAGUUUUUAGAAGGAGUUCGGUCAUAAUUUUUGGUUAGAACCAACUAUUAAUCGUGUUAUAUCCACAGACAGGAAAGAUUCUUCAAUACAACGCCGUUUCACGUCAGAAGAAGAAAGGAAAAAUCAUAAUUUUAGUCGGCUUAAGGUAUUUAUUGCAGGCAUUCUAGAUAAGAAUAUAGGUGGGGAGCGCAUGCGCAUAAAUAGGACUAGGUACUAGAUAUCUCAGUGUUUCCAGUGACGAGAUUGGGGUAACGUCAAUUUUUUUACCACGUUACUUACGUAAUUUUUUUUUUCUCUUUCUUCUUUUCUCCCGCUUAUCAAGAUGGUUUUAUGCCCAAUUUGUAAACAGACCAUAGCAAGAGAAGAAAAAAAAACAAUGGCAUGCACUGUCACAACAUGUCAAGCCAUUUUCCAUGGAAAAUGUCUAAACGCAGACGAGAGUGAGUUUGAAGCACUGAGGGCAUUACGAAAAAAUUGGGUAUGCCCGAAAUGUGAAAAGGCUCGGAAAAAUAUCCAACCGACAGACAAGUGUCUCAGCCCGCCAAGAUCGGCGCCACAACAACAAACUGUCGACAGCACGUCACAACUGUUACUUGCUGCCAUUAAAAAUCUAACAGAAGAGGUCAAGGGAUUAAAAUUCUCCCUCGAUGCCAAUGCUAACGAGGAUACUCCUCAAAAACCUCCCCUCUCCUUCUCAUAA